AAUUAAAUUUUGGUUAUCUUUUUUUUUUUAUUUCAUACUUAAAUUACUAUGUUUCACUGUUGUUCGGAUUUAUUUUCAUCUAAAACAAAAGAUGAAGACAAAGAAACGGAUUUCGUCGCAAGUGUUAUUCUACCAGAACAAGAUACAUCUAUGCCGAACGAAGCCUGGGACAGAAUAAAAGAUGAUCAAAUGCAGUCAUUCCUAAUUCCUAUGAACCACAAGUCACCAAUACACAGAGAUAAAAUACGUUUUGUAUGCAUUUCUGAUACCCAUACACAAAUUGAAAAGCUCACAAACUUUAUACCAUCAGGAGACAUAUUGCUUCAUGCUGGUAAUUUUACAAAUACUGGUCAACCAGAGGAAAUAAAACAAUUUAAUGAUUUUAUAGGUACUUUACCACAUAAGUGUAAGAUCGUUAUCGCUGGUAAUCAGGAUUUGACAUUUGACGAUUCUAUGUGGAUUGAUGAAGAAAGAAUGGAACAAUCUUUUAAUCUAACAAUACAAACAGUGAAACAAGUGUUAGAAGAGGCGAAUGUGUCUACGAUCAAAGAACUACUCAGUAAUUGUAUAUAUUUAGAAGAUUCUUUGGUAAACAUAUGUGGAAUUCAUAUAUACGGCUCACCAUGGAUACCAGAAUAUUGUAAUUCGGCCUUUAAUUUAAAGAGGGGCGGUGAACUUUUACAGAAAUGGGAUAAUAUACCUGCUAAUACAGAUAUCAUCAUAAGUCAUGGUCCCCCCUUAGGGUAUGGCGAUUUGACAAUAUCAAAAACUCAUGUCGGGUGUUUGGAGCUUUUAAAUACAGUACAGAGGCGUGUUAAACCAAAAUACCAUGUAUUCGGUCAUGUUCGUGAAGGAUAUGGAAUUAUUUCUGACGGAUUUACAACUUUUAUUAACUCAUCAACAUGUACUUUUAGUUAUACGCCUUCAAAUGCACCAGUCGUAUUCGAUUUGUCUAUCCCUAAAGGUCACAGUAAAGAUGAACUACUAGAACUGACUGUAACAAAACAAGCGAAACGCAAUGAUAGAUGCUAAUGGUUCUGUUAAUAUUGCUUAAAGGUGUUUUAUAAAGAGAAAGAAUGCUUUAAAUCAUCGAUGAAUACAGGAUUGCUAAACACAUCGAAAACGAAAAAGAAGAUGAUAUUAUCCACUUAACAGACCUACAAUUUUAAUAAUAAUGUCCUUUACAAAAUUAUACGCCUUUAUUCAUGUAUAUAUUAAAAAAUAUUGAAAAAGAAGAUGCACAUGACACAAAACAAAAUAAAAAAUACGAGUAAGACAAUACGAACACAAUGUUUUUACUAUUUGGUGGGGUGCAUUUUAUUUCAUAUUUCAUUAUUACACAAAGAGGACUAAAGACUUCAAUAACGGACGAUCCUACAUAUAGAAAAAUUAAAAGAAAAAGUUUGGUAUUUUAAGUCAAUUUAGUUUUAUCUGAAUCAGGUUUCUGAUGGUUACAUAGAAUUUAGAUGAAUAUAACACACAACUCAAUAAAACGGUGACUUUGUUUCGGAUUUUCAAUUGAACAAAAUCUAAAAUACAAAACGAUUUUGAAGACAAAGAUUGUCCAGUGACAGAGCAGGGGAGUGGUUUAUUAUUAGGGUAUUGAAGCAAAGUCAUUGGGAUUAGAAUUAAAUGGUUUGAGUACUUUACAUAUUUUCUGAUUUUUUUUAACGGUAUGUCACUUUCAGUAGUAAGAUAUGCAACGAUGUUUCCUUUUACAUAGUUUAACGUAAAUUUCAGCUUUUCCAUAUUUGUCUUUUUCAAUUUGAUUUUUUUUUAAGAUAACGUAGGCUACAAUCUUACAAUCUUACAUGCAAAUUACUACGCUGGAUAGAUAUGACUUAAGGUAACACGAUACCGAAUGGCAUAUCUCCCGAUUUCUAAAAUGUUUGGUACACUGGUACUUUGAAUCGAGUUACAUCGGAAUAUGAAAUAAAAAUGGGGGUCACCAUUUUUGUUUUUUUGUAAUUUUUGUUAGAAAACGUCAAUUUUGGCGACAAAUUUACCUAGUUAUAUAGGGAAAAUGCCUUUUUUUUAACUUAUUUCUUUAGAUUUUCAAUGGAUGGCUUCGUUCCAAUAUACGGAGAAAGAUUAAAAACUAGCAUAAUAUCCAGGAUUGUAUACUGAAUCCAUGCAUGUAUAGAAAAACAUAUGUCACCAUCCUUGUUUUUUAGAUAAAUUGCUUCAAAGUUGACCGAUACGCUUAGAAUUUGACAGAAAACAUGUGACGUUCGACUGAGUUAAUUUUAUUUCGUCUUAACUGAGUGCACUUUAAGCUUUUCAAAACUGAAUCGUCAACUUAACCCUACCAAACUAAACAAUGGUGAUGUCACCGAUGUAUCCAUGCAUGAAUAAAAUAAAGUGCUUCAAAAAUUUGAUUUGGUAAACAGUGAUGUUGAGGUACAAUUUGAAUUGAUUGAUUGAUGGUUUGCUUAACGUACGGUGGCAAAUAUUUCAUGAAUUUUCAGGACGA